AUGAAUAUAUCAACCAUGUUGCUGUACAAAUUAUUAACCAUCACUAACUUAAUUCACACGUUUGCUUUCUGGAAAAAUGGAUUUUCCUAAGGCAUUAUCGAGUGCGCUUCGUGAUUUGCCCAACAGAGUGCUAAAUGUUUCAGUGGAGGAACGAUUGUCCCUCUUUCAAAAUGUCUGUGCAGUACUUAACAAUCCCGGUGUAAAUUCAGCAAUCGUUCGAGGUAUUUGUAAAGUGAUAGGAACAACGAUAUCUAAGUACAAGGAUGCUCCAUCUCAGCUACUAGUUCGAAAGCUAAUUUGUGAUUUAACAACGUCUCAUCAUGAUUUAACUAUAGAGCAUAUGCUAAGUGUAUUUAAAACACUUUUGCUAAAAGAGUUACCAUUGUUACCUGCUCAUAAAUCUUGUAGAUCAGCAGUUGUAGCCUUAGGAUGGAUUUGUUUACUUUUAAAAAAUACAAACAGAGACUCAAAUAUUUACAAAACGGAAAAGUUUAGGUUAUUUGAAUAUCAGUCAAAAUUAUAUCAAACAAGUUUACUAGCUCAAAAUACACGUGUUACAGAAGCAGCUACAAAAAUAAUAUAUGAUUUAUGGGAGAAUAAUAAUAUGUUUGAUGAUACAAUGGAGGCAAUUUUUGAAAUGGAAGCAACUACAAGCGUUACGAUAAUGAUAAUGACGAUGAUACGAUUUGAAACCGAACACAACCAAUUCAAUAUACUGAAAACACAUAAGAUAAAAUCUAUAGAAUACUUUGUAAAAAGUAUGAUAUUGUGCAAGUCCAAACCGGAAAAUGUUUUUAUAACUGCUUGUCAACCAUUACUAUCCAAAAUUGAUAAUUCGGAAUUUUCGUCAUACAUUUAUAAUGAUUUACAAAAGUCGAUGUUGCGCAGUCCAGAAAAUACUUUGGAAAGCGUUGGAAUAAUUUUUAAUCUAAUUAAUAUUGACUGUAGCACAUACGCGGGUCAAAUAGGAGCGGUUUUAAUUAAAAAUUUAUACAGCAAAGGAGAAAUUGCUCGCCGUGAAUCUGUAGAGUCCUUAAAAAGUCUGGCAGAGAAAUGCUCAGAUGGCAACGUCAUUCAAAAAUUGUUGGAAUUAAUUUUCUCUAUUUUAAAUGGAUCUGAUGGAAAAAUAAAUGUUGUGGAGUACAGAGUUAAAUUAUUGCAAGGUGCUGGAUAUUUAAGUUUUAACAAUGUUCAUGCGGAUGAUUUAAAUGAAAUAUUAAAUAAGGCUGUCGACUUGUUUUGGAAAGCGCUUGAAUUUGAAUCACAGGAAAAGGUGAUAUGCUGUACACUAGAAAUGUUUGCACUGUGGUGCGGAAGGUUUAAGAAUGAAGUACCCAGUGUAAUUAUUAACAUUUUUAAAUCCGGCAUAGAGCACAAAAAUACAACUCAAGUUAUUCGACAAAGUUACCUUGAGUGGCUACUAUCAUCGAUACAAAAUGCCAGUAUUAAAAAUACAAGCAAUAUAGUUCCAACAUUGUAUACUUUGUAUUCAAGUGCACAACAACAUUUUUCUAAUUUAUCAUACAUAUCAGAGGCAGCAUGUAUCGCCUGCCUUUUGCUGAUAUUAGAUAAACCAUCUGAAUUAUAUUCAUUCUUCUGGAACUCCAUAUUUGAUAUGAGUAAGCAAUAUUUCUUUAAUGAAAAAUUAAUUGCGACAGCAACGGCGGAAACGUUAUGCCACAUUUCAUUUAUGGCUAAAAUCUUGUUUACAUCAUAUUUAGACCAAAUUAAGGGUCCGGUAGAUCCGCUACACAGAGCAUUACUUUAUAACUUAUGUAGUUGUGUACUUAAAGUAAGGUCUUAUACAAAAGGACAAAUUAAGGAAAUCACAAAGAGUUCUGAUGGCGUAGACUUUGUUAAACUUGCUCUUAAAGAGUAUAGUAACCUUUUAAACUCAGAAAAAAUGCAAAUUGAAGUUGAUAAUUAUUCUGAACACACUGGUACACCAAAUCUAGCACUUUUAGAUGCAUUAGAAGUUCUUUGUUCCUUACAAAACGUCACUCACGAAGAUUCCCUCGAGUUAACCAUACAACUUUUGGAAAUAGGUAAUUUUCCAGCAAUAUUAUCUAUUAGUCCAUACUUUUGGGAAACCACAAUUCAAGAGAAUUUUAAUUUGAAUCCCGAACACUUUAUUACAACAAAUCAGAAGCAACUUGUUGAAACAUAUAUAGAUAAUUUUAAAAUAUCCCCAGUUUACGAAAAUGUUAUUUCUGCUUUGGUACGAAUAAACCCACACACGAUAGUGCCGCAUAUUGUAACACGAAUUAAAAUGUUUCUGAAUGUUGACAGCAAUUUUUAUGUCACUAAUGAAGAAUUCUUCAUAUUUAUGACACCAGAAGGAGAAUUGUAUGAUAAAAAUGUAAUACCACAUAUUGAUUCACAAUACAAAACUAUUGGCAUUAAACGAGAAAAUAAGGUGUACAGCUAUAAAGAACAGUUGGAAGAAAUUCAACUUCGUCGUGAAAUUGACGAAAAACGCCAAAAAGAAGGUAAAUCUAAAACUGUAAAAUUGACUCAAAAACAACAAGAGUUAAUAAAAAACCAAACAGAGAAAGAAAUGCGUAUAAAAUUGCGUGUUCAAAACAUGUUUGACAAAUUGAUGAGUGUAAUAUGUUUGUUCAAAGCUUCAUGCACUGGAAAUGAAAAAUAUAUUGCGUUAAAUUUUCAUACAUUAUUAGAUGAUAUUUUACGAGCAACCUAUAGCCCUUUAAGUGCUGAACCUUUGACAGAUCUGUACUAUUUCCUACACAAAAUGUGUUUUAAAAAUCAUUCAGAAUUGGGCCGCGAUAUUUCCAUUGCAACAAUAAGACUUCAAAAACCAUCCUGUACUUUAAAGGACGAAUGGAAUGCCCAAAAUAUACUGGAAAGUAUCGAUGAUGUAAUAUCAAAACUUAAUAAGCAUGUAAUUGAAAAUUCAAACAAAUUGGAUUCACAAUCGUUCUCUUAUGCUUUCGAAUUUCUUAAACGUGCCAUCCCUUGCUUCAAUGAUAACACAAAUCACGAAAAUAUAUUAAUUAGUAUAAAGCUGAUAGAACUCCACGUAAAAACCGAAGACAAUGAUACAGUUGACUGCAUUCAUCCAAAUUACUUGCCAAGACUGGGUAUGUUUCGCAUAUUACUUUAUUUGAUACAAAACAACUCUACGGAAAUCCAAACGCAAGCCGUAAAUGCUCUUUUGGAAGUUGCAUGUGUUUCAUCUGGUGGAAAAUUAAAUGCUACUCCAGAUCAUCAUAUAAUUCGAUUAUUUUUAGAUGCAUUGCAAAGUAAUAGUGAUAUUAUAAGAGAUGUAUCCUUACGUGCAAUUCAAAUCAUGAUUAACUCAAUAGUUGAUUAUUCGGAAUCUGAUGAUGAAUUGAAAAAACAAAUAGUCGCGAGAUUGUGGAUAGCAAAAUUCGAUACAUCAUCAAAUAUAAAAAAGCUUGCUGCCGAUAUUUGGGACUCAGCUAAUCUUUCUUAUCCAGAGUUUAAUGAUAUUAUAUGUGACAUUACACAUUCAGAACUCUGUAUACAAAAAGCAUCCGCGGAGUCUUUAAUACCACUAAUAAUAAACAAUAACAGUUUAGUAAAAUGUGGAUUAAUGAAAAUGUUAGAUAUUUAUAAUGAGAAACUAACUUUAAUUCCUCCAAAACUGGAUAAAUUUGAUCGUGAAAUUGAGCCAGCCUCUGAUCAAUGGAAGCCUAGAAGAGGUGUCGCUAUUGCAAUAUCUCAAAUUGCACAGUUUUUAUCUAUUGAAGAUAUAAAUUUUUUAAUGCAAUUUAUGGUGUCCCAAGGUCUAGGUGAUCGCGAGGAAGUUGUACAUAAAGAGAUGCUGGCUGCUGCAUUAAGGAUUGUUGAUAUACAUGGUAAAGAAACAAUUGGAAGUUUACUGCCCGUUUUUGAAGAAUUUCUUGACAAAGCUCCAAAGUCCCAAAGUUAUGAUAACAUACGUCAGGCUGUUGUAAUCCUUAUGGGUUCCUUGGCUAGGCAUUUGGAAAAGGAAGAUAAACGCAUUGAUCCAAUAGUCAAACGGUUAAUAACUGCUCUUUCUACACCAUCUCAACAAGUUCAGGAAGCAGUAUCAAAUUGUCUACCACAUCUUAUGCUGUCUGUUAAGGAAGAAGCGCCAGCCAUGGUUAAAAAAUUAUUACAUUCAUUGGCUAAAUCAGAUAAAUACGGUGAAAGAAGAGGUGCUGCUUACGGAAUUGCUGGAAUUGUAAAAGGACUUGGAAUUUUAUCGCUGAAACAAUUAGACAUAAUGUCAAAGCUGACGUCGUAUAUACAAGACAAGAAAAAUUACAGAAGUCGUGAGGGUGCUCUAUUUGCAUUUGAAGUUUUAUGUAAUACACUUGGUCGCUUGUUUGAACCGUACAUAGUCCAUGUUUUACCUCACUUGUUACAAUGCUUUGGCGAUCCUUCCCAAUACGUUCGGCAAGCUGCUGAUGAUACUGCCAAAGUGGUUAUGGGAAAGCUUUCUGCUCAUGGAGUUAAAUUGGUUCUUCCAUCUUUAUUACAAGCUUUAGAUGAAGAUUCCUGGAGAACAAAAACGGCUUCGGUUGAAUUAUUGGGUGCUAUGGCAUUUUGCGCUCCAAAACAGUUAUCAUCAUGUUUGCCCAGUAUAGUUCCAAAGUUAAUAGAAGUUCUUGGGGAUUCCCAUACAAAAGUACAAGAAGCUGGUGCAGAUGCUCUUAAAGUAAUAGGAUCCGUUAUAAAGAAUCCUGAAAUUCAAGCUAUUGUUCCUGUUUUAUUAAAAGCAUUAGAAGAUCCUUCUAACAACACAUCAGCAUGUCUUCACAGCUUGUUAAAAACAAAAUUUGUACAUUUUAUAGAUGCUCCUUCAUUAGCUCUUAUAAUGCCGGUUGUUCAAAGAGCAUUUAUGGAUAGAUCUACAGAAACAAGAAAAAUGGCUGCCCAAAUAAUUGGGAAUAUGUACUCACUUACAGAUCAAAAGGAUUUGACACCAUAUCUCCCAAGUAUAAUUCCUGGGUUAAAAUCUUCGUUACUAGAUCCAGUUCCAGAAGUUAGAGCAGUCUCUGCUCGUGCUCUUGGUGCAAUGGUUAAAGGAAUGGGUGAAACCUCAUUUGAAGACUUACUUCCCUGGUUAAUGCAAACAUUAACUUCAGAAUCUAGUAGUGUGGAUCGAAGUGGCGCAGCACAAGGACUUUCUGAGGUAGUUGGAGGACUCGGUGUGGAAAAAAUGCAUAAGCUAAUGCCGGAAAUAAUUGCUACUGCAGAACGAACUGAUAUUGCUCCACAUGUAAAAGAUGGGUAUAUCAUGAUGUUUAUAUAUAUGCCAGGUGCAUUUCCCGAAGAAUUUACACCUUAUAUUGGGCAAAUAAUAAAUCCAAUACUUAAGGCAUUAGCAGAUGAAAGUGAAUAUGUACGUGAUACAGCUUUAAGAGCUGGGCAAAGGAUCGUUAAUUUAUACGCAGAAUCUGCAGUUGCGCUCCUGCUACCAGAAUUAGAAAAGGGUUUAUUCGACGAGAACUGGCGAAUUCGAUAUAGUUCUGUACAAUUACUCGGGGACUUAUUAUAUCGUAUAUCCGGUGUAUCUGGAAAAAUGACGACAGAAACGGCUAGUGAAGAUGACAAUUUUGGCACCGAACAGUCACAUACGGCCAUAAUUCGUUUCUUAGGUGAUGAACGCCGUAAUAGAGUACUCUCUGGACUUUAUAUGGGUCGAAGUGACGUAUCGUUAAUGGUCCGUCAAUCUGCGCUACAUGUUUGGAAAAUAGUUGUUACAAACACGCCCAGAACACUAAGAGAGAUUUUACCAACAUUGUUCGGAUUGUUGCUUGGGUGCUUAGCAAGUACAAGCUAUGAUAAACGACAAGUUGCAGCACGAACUUUAGGAGAUCUAGUAAGGAAACUUGGUGAAAGGGUUUUACCCGAAAUAAUUCCGAUACUAGAAAGUGGAUUAAAUUCAGAGCACCCAGAUCAGAGGCAAGGUGUUUGCAUUGGCUUAUCUGAAAUUAUGGCGUCAACAUCAAAAGAAAUGGUUCUAACAUUUGUACACAGCUUGGUUCCAACCGUGCGUAAGGCCUUAGCAGAUCCCUUGCCCGAGGUUCGCGUAGCAGCUGCGAAGACAUUUGAUUCCCUGCAUAGUACCGUAGGAUCCCGAGCACUGGAUGAUAUUUUACCCUACAUGUUAGAAGGGCUCUCCGACCCGGAUCCUUUGAUUGCAGAGAAUACAUUAGACGGUUUACGGCAAGUAAUGUCUAUAAAGUCACGAGUUGUAUUACCUUACCUUGUUCCACAGUUAACUACACAUCCAGUAAACACAAAAGCCUUAUCGAUUUUAGUUUCUGUUGCUGGUGAUGCAUUAACAAAAUAUUUACCAAAAAUCUUAUCCGCAUUGUUAGAAACAUUGUCCGAAUCCCAUGGUUCAGCUCAUGAAUUACAAGAAUUAGAGUACUGCCAGACUGUUAUUUUAUCAGUGACAGACGAAGUUGGAAUUCGCACUAUAAUGGAUACACUUAUGAUUUCUGCAAAGUCAACUAAUGUAUGUACUCGUAAAUCUUCAGCGAGUUUACUUUCUGCUUUUUGCAUUCAUUCCCCUGGAGAUUAUUCUCAAUAUAUUCCUCAACUUCUUCGUUGCUUACUACGAUUAAUGGCAGAUACGGAUAAGGGUAUAAUUCAGAAAGCUUGGGAAGCAUUAAAUGCUGUAAUAAAAGGCCUAACUCCAACUGAACAAAUUGGUUGCGUUACUGAUCUCCGGCAAGCAGUUAGGUUUGCUGCCAGUGAAUUGAAGGAGCCAGAAUUACCUGGCUUCUGCUUACCAAAGGGAAUAGCGCCUUUAUUGCCUGUUUUUCGAGAAGCUAUUUUAAAUGGGUUACCUGACGAAAAAGAAAAUGCUGCUCAAGGCCUUGGUGAAGUUAUUUUUCUAACAAGCGCCAAUUCACUGCAGCCAUCCGUCGUACAUAUUACUGGACCAUUGAUUCGAAUAUUAGGAGAUCGAUUUAAUUCUGGCGUUAAGGCAGCUGUUUUAGAAACAUUAGCAAUUUUGCUCCACAAAGUUGGUGUUAUAUUAAAACAAUUUUUACCACAACUACAAACUACUUUUUUGAAAGCCUUGCAUGAUCAGAAUAGAAACGUUCGAAUGAAAGCAGGUAAAGCACUAUCGGAAUUAGUCGCUAUACACACUAGAGCUGAUCCACUAUUUAUUGAAAUUCACAAUGGUAUAAAAAGUUCGGAUGAUUCUUCUGUAAGGGAAACAAUGCUGCACGCACUUCGUAGCAUUAUUACUCCAUCGGGAGACAAAAUGUCUGAACCAAUAAAAAAACAGAUUUUUUCUACAUUAUUGGGUUUAAUUGGACAUCAAGAGGAUAUUACUAGAAAUGCAGUUGGUGGGUGCUUAGGUGCUAUGCUAAAAUACAUGCCAUCAGCCCAAAUUUCUGAUUUCUUAAAUAAUUGCAUACUGGCAGAUAAUUCGGAGGAUGCAUUUACUAAACAUGGCUACACAAUUAUUCUUUUUGUUGCCCUUAAAGAAUGUCCUAAGGAAGUGUUAGCACCGCCUUUUUAUGAUAGAGUAAUUGGAAAAAUAUCAGUUAAUAUUUUAUCGGAAAAAGUACCCAUUGCUUGUAACGCUGUCCGAGCUGCGACAUAUCUUUUAGAAUACAAACUUAUCGAAAGAGAUGAUCCUCCAAAUAGCCUAAUAGUGGCACUAGCUAGGGCAAUGAACCAUAGUAGUAAUGAUGUGAAACAACUUGUUGCAAAGAGUUGUAUCCACCUUGCUAAAAACCUUAGUCCUGACCAAAUACAUCUCGAUGUUCUAAAAAUUUUAGUUCCAACACUAGUAAACGGCACUAAAGAGAAAAAUGGCUACGUUAAAUCCAAUUCAGAAUUAGCCCUUAUAUCUAUACUGAGGUUAAGAUCUGAUGAGACAACGUUUAAAAAGACAUGUGAGGUCUUAGAAACGGGAGCAAAAGACUCGUUAAGUGAUGUAGUAUCAAAACUUUUAAAAAGAGUUACAGUUCAUGCAGCUGUAAAGGAAGAAGACUUAGAUGAAACAUUACAAACCUGAUUAUUAUUACGUAUAUAAUUCGAAGAAAUUUUAAUAAAUAAUAAAAAUAAAUAUUGUUUCGAAUGUAAGAAUUGUAUACUACAAAAACAUAUGUCAACUUUCAAAUAAAAAUAAUUUAAGGAA